CAUGAUCUUGGUCGUAUUGAAUGGAAAAUGGGACCUUUGUAAUAAUGGAAGACACUUGAACAUUUACCAAACUUACCAAAAACCUGACUUUUGGUCCCAUUUCGUUUUUUACGUUACCAACACUUCCUCCUUCAUUCUUUGGUCUCUCUCUCUCUCUUUAUGAACCAUAUUGAUUAUGCCUCCAGUAAUUGGAUUUUUGGUUCUUAAUUCUUCACUUUCUAGAUCUUAGGAACAACCCCACUUUAACAACAACAAAACAUCCACUACGGUUUCAGUUCCCUAAUACAAUUUCUUAGAUUUUUUUCAUAAAUAUUGAUCUUUUGUUUUGAGAGAAAUGUGAACUUGAUAACUUGGUACUUUUUCUAAGAGAAAAUGAAGAAACAAUUAACAGGUUUAAGGGGUGAUUCACACCUGCACUCUGCAAUUCGAGUUGGAAAUUUGGAAUUGGUAUUGGAAAUCAUCUCUGAAAAUCAAGGGGAAGAAUUAAAGGAGUUGUUUUCAAAGCAAAAUAAUUCAAGUGAAACUGCUUUAUAUAUUGCUGCUGAAAAUGGUCAUCUUGAUAUAGUGAAGGAAUUGAUCAAAUAUCAUGAUAUUGGGUUGGCUAGCUUGAAAGCUAGAAAUGGAUUUGAUGCAUUUCAUGUUGCUGCUAAAAAUGGAAACUUGGAGAUAUUGAAGGUGCUCACGGAGGCAUUUCCUGAAAUUUCAAUGACAGUUGAUCUGACAAACACUACUGCGCUGCACACAGCUGUGUCACAAGGACAUAUUGAAAUUGUAAAUUUUCUCUUAGAGAAAAGUAGUAGCGUCGUAACUAUUGCGAAAAGCAACGGAAAAACUGCAUUUCAUUCUGCUGCAAGAAAUGGCCACGUGGAGGUCAUCAAGGCCCUGCUUGGCAGUGAACCUGAAAUUGCAAUGAGAGUUGAUAAGAAGGGGCAAACAGCACUCCAUAUGGCAGUUAAAGGACAAAAUCUGGAGGUAGUGGAUGAGCUUUUGAAACUGAACCCGUCUUUUGCUAAUAUGGUGGAUGCCAAGGGAAACACUGCACUUCAUAUAACAACCCGGAAGGGUCGUCUGCAGAUUGUUCAGAAGCUACUAGAGUGCAAAGAAAUAGACACUGAUGUUAUUGAUAAAUCUGGAGAAACGGCUUUGGAUAUUGCAGAGAGAACUGGUCGCUUGGACAUCGCCAAAUUUUUGCAGGAUCGUGGAGCUCAAAAUGCCAGGUCCGUCAAGUCACCUUCUAAAAACAGAGCCCUUGAACUCAAACAAACUGUGAGUGACAUAAAGAGUGGGGUUCAUAACCAGCUGGAGCACACAUUUAAAACACAGAGACGUAUGAAAGGCAUAGCAAAGCGAAUUAACAAAAUGCAGGCUGAGGGGCUAAACAAUGCAAUCAACUCUAACACUGUAGUUGCUGUCCUCAUUGCAACUGUUGCUUUCGCUGCCAUAUUUACUGUCCCAGGCCAGUAUCCUCAGAACACAAAGAACCUUGCUCCUGGAAUGUCUCCCGGGGAAGCCAAUAUUGCUCCCAAUAUUGAAUUCUUGAUAUUUGUAAUAUUUGAUUCUACGGCCCUCUUCAUAUCAUUGGCUGUUGUGAUUGUCCAAACGUCAGUGGUCGUUAUUGAAAGGGAAGCAAAGAAACAAAUGACGGCUGUUAUAAACAAGUUAAUGUGGAUAGCAUGUGUGUUAAUUUCUGUGGCAUUCCUUGCAAUGUCAUACAUAGUUGUUGGGGAUCAGAAAGAGUUGGCUAUUGCAGCCACAGCUCUAGGAACAGUGAUUAUGGCAGCUACUCUAGGAACUCUCUGUUAUUGGGUGAUUGCUCACCGCCUCGAAGCCUCCAGAUUACGAAGUCAAAGAACAAUGACGAGCAGUAGGCAUUCAUUGACUAUGUCGGGGAUGUCAGCUUCUGAGAACGAGUAUAAAACAGUGUACGCAAUAUAAAUUUGAUUUUAUCUUUUCUUAUAAACCCUCCUCCCACUUUUUGCUGAAUUAUGCUAACAUAGAUGAAGUUAUUUGCUGCUCUGUAGCAUGCCUUUGGAAAACACAGGCAAAGAAUGUAAUCAUAGUCCAAAUGAUAAGUAAAUAUGUCAUUUUACAUUAAAGUAUUGGAUCAUGCUGAUUUUCACAAUUCUAGCCUCAUUAGAACAUCACUCAGACCUUCUGGUUCACUCUGUCGUAUGUAUUACAAUUUUCUUUUCUUAAGCUAUCUUGGCUGGCAACAACUUUGCAAUUUGUCAAAUAUCUGGUGUUUUAAUAACAACAGAUUUUGAACUUUAGAA